AUGCUGCAGGAGGAGGCAAGUGAAGCUCCCCGAAAGGUGAAAGGAAAAAGCCCGACCCGUUUGGCGGGGCGGUGGAACGGCCGAAAAGCCGUUCAAAACAAGCGACGGGCCGCGCCUGAGGAGACACGACGGAUUGCAGCAAAAAUUGGAGGAGAUGCUGGCACAUCAAUGAAUUCAAACGACUACGGUUAUGGAGGACAAAAAAGACCUCUUGAGGAUGGAGAUCAACCAGAUGCUAAGAAAGUUGCUCCUCAGAAUGACUCUUUUGGAAAUCAGCUACCACCGAUGCAUCAACAACAAAGGUCUGUGAUGACAGAGGAGUACAAAGUUCCAGAUGGGAUGGUUGGAUUCAUAAUUGGCAGAGGUGGAGAGCAGAUCUCACGUAUACAGCAAGAGUCUGGCUGUAAAAUACAGAUUGCACCUGAUAGUGGAGGCCUGCCUGAAAGAUCAUGUAUGCUAACUGGAACACCAGAGUCUGUUCAAUCAGCAAAAAGAUUACUUGAUCAGAUAGUUGAAAAGGGAAGACCUGCACCUGGCUUUCAUCACGGCGAUGGACCUGGAAAUGCAGUCCAAGAAAUUAUGAUUCCAGCAAGUAAAGCGGGAUUAGUUAUUGGAAAAGGUGGAGAGACAAUUAAACAAUUACAGGAGCGGGCAGGUGUCAAAAUGGUCAUGAUUCAAGAUGGUCCACAGAACACUGGUGCAGACAAGCCCCUUAGGAUAACUGGAGACCCUUAUAAAGUUCAACAAGCCAAGGAAAUGGUGCUGGAGUUAAUUCGUGAUCAAGGUGGCUUUAGAGAGGUGCGCAACGAAUAUGGGUCAAGAAUAGGAGGAAAUGAAGGGAUAGACGUUCCAAUACCACGAUUUGCUGUAGGUAUUGUAAUUGGAAGAAAUGGAGAGAUGAUAAAAAAGAUACAGAACGAUGCUGGUGUUAGGAUCCAAUUUAAGCCAGAUGAUGGAACAACUCCAGAUAGAAUAGCCCAAAUCACAGGGCCUCCUGACAGAUGUCAGCAUGCUGCAGAAAUUAUUACAGAUCUCCUUCGAAGUGUUCAGGCUGGUAACCCUGGUGGACCAGGACCUGGUGGUCGAGGAAGGGGUAGAGGCCAAGGCAACUGGAACAUGGGGCCUCCUGGUGGAUUACAGGAAUUCAAUUUUAUUGUUCCCACUGGCAAAACUGGAUUAAUCAUUGGCAAAGGUGGUGAAACUAUUAAAAGCAUAAGCCAGCAGUCUGGUGCUAGAAUAGAACUUCAAAGAAAUCCUCCACCUAAUGCGGAUCCGAACAUGAAGAUGUUUACUAUCCGUGGAACACCCCAGCAAAUAGAUUAUGCACGACAACUUAUAGAAGAAAAGAUUGGAGGUCCAGUAAAUCCAUUGGGUCCACCUGUUCCCCAUGGACCCCAUGGUGUUGUUCCUGGCCCACAUGGACCUCCUGGGCCACCAGGUCCUGGGGCUCCCAUGGGACCAUAUAACCCAGCUCCUUAUAAUCCAGGGCCUCCUGGUCCUGCACCUCAUGGUCCUCCAGCUCCGUAUGCUCCACAAGGAUGGGGAAAUGCUUACCCGCACUGGCAGCCACCAAAUCCACCAGAUCCAGGUAAGCCAGGAACAGAUCCCAAUUCAGCAGCAUGGGCAGCUUACUAUGCUCACUACUAUCAGCAGCAAGCACAGCCACCACCUGCAGCCCCUCCUGGUGGACCGGCUACAACCCAAACUAAUGGACAAGGCGAUCAGCCAAAUCCAGCACCAGCAGGGCAGGUUGACUAUACCAAGGCCUGGGAGGAGUACUACAAAAAAAUGGGUCAAGCAGUUCCUGCCCCUGCUGGGGCUCCUCCAGGUGGUCAGCCAGAUUACAGCGCCGCAUGGGCUGAGUACUACAGGCAACAGGCAGCAUAUUAUGCCCAGACGAGUCCACAGGGAAUGCCACAACAUCCUCCAGCACCACAGUGCCUUCCCAGACCUUCCACCUUAGGUUCUGCUGCAAAAAAGCAACAGAAACUACCCGUGUGUAAAAAGAAGAUUGGCUUUAAAAGGCAACUGUGAUGGGAACAGUGUCUUAGGGAGAUGCAGCUUGGACUUGAGGUAAAUUGAAUGCUUUACAAAAAUGUGGUUUUGAGCUUGCAUUGACAUUGUAUGUAAUAUGGGUACACGUUAACUGUAUAAUGUUUUUUGUAUGGUUUUUCUCAAUAAAUGUAAACUGAUGGAUAAU